AUGGAUAAUAUGCAUUUUGAUCCAAGAAUAACAAUAGACGAAUCCGAAGAACCACCAAUCACAAUAAAAUCCGUGGAGAAAAAAGAACAAAAAAAGCGGGAAUUUCUCGUACUCGACUUGAUAAAAAAUCGUAUUGAAAUCUUUACCAAUAUUUGUAGUCAUCUGGAGCCUUUAAAUUUGGUGUCGCUCCGACUGACUUGCAAAGAAUUCAAUGAUCUUCUCAAGUCGCCGAUUGACUCAAUCACCCAACAAAUCUGGAAACAAUCCCGAGUCACAUUCUGUAAAUUUUAUCAAUUGCCCCCGCCUUUGGGUAUCUCUGAACAGACAUAUGUUAGUAUGAUAUACAGUGAGAAUGGUUGCCAGGUUUGCGGCGAUUUGUCAAAGAGUGCCACCAUCUAUUGGAAUCCUCUCGUGAUUUGUUGUACCAGUUGUUUCAAUAAAAAUACAAUAAGCGAAAGAACCAUCCGUUAUGAAUGGGAUUUUCCCGAAUCAAUUAUUAAAAUUCUGAUUCCUAUAACUCUCAAGGAUUUGUUUGGCGAUUACCUACGCUAUUAUUGGAUUCCAUCUGUCAGCCAACAAAUAGAUGAAUUCAUUAAUCUUGAGCCAGCUGAAGAAAAACCUUGGCUAAAAAGUAAAUCAAUUCAAUAUCAAUAUGCAAUUUCGACUAGUCUUGAGCGUGAGUACUGGGAAAGAUGCCGAUACAUCAAAAGAUAUCGACCGACAACCGCAGAAACAAAGAAAAGAAAAUCAAUUAAGGGUAAAGAAGUAGAACGACUACAACCUCAAAAUAAUCAAAAUCAACAGGUUGAAGCAUCCAUUUAUCCCACGUAUUUCGAGUGGCUUGUACAACUUGAUAUUUUGCCAAUAUUCGAAAAUGAAUAUAAGAAUGCAUUGAAAGCAGCAUCAGCCUAUUAUGAAUCUCAAACAGAGAUAAAGCAAGAAGUUGACAAGGUUAAUAAACAUGAAGAGCUAUAUAGUGUGGAAAAUUCUUGCGUGGUCGUUGAUCAAUUGGACGAUUGUUUUUCGCCCACAGAGACUAUACUUGGUGAUAGCGAUCCCGAGGAUACUGCUCCGUCUCCACGGCCGACCAAAAAAGCUAGAUACAAUCCUCUUGAAGAAAGAACAAAUAGUCCUCAACAUACGCCACAGAGAAUCAAGAAUUUAGGAUAUUCUUUACGUGCUAGAACUCCGACGAAAUCAUCUUCUUCAUCUUUGAAUGGUCUUUGA